AUGUCGGAAGAAUACGACUCAGUGGUGCCGCCGAACGCGAAGCGGCUGAAGACCGACGGCUACGUUGAGGAGAAAAAAGUUCUGUACGUGGUCCUCGAAGGGUGCAGCCUCGAGACGGCCAAGGUGCGAACACGGCCGAAUUAGUUGGACUUUACUCGCGUAGAAGUAGUAACCUCUUUCUCCAGCUCUUCAGGGAUUCGAAGAUUGGCGAAUUUUCCGAAAGCGACUUCUUCAUAUCGCUGGGAAUGUUUCCAACGAAUCCUUCUCCACUUCUUAUUUUUCCUAACUUUUUCGCUUUGAAUGUUAUUUUACAAACUGGAUGGUGAAGUUUUGAUGAAAAAUAAAAGGAAGAACCCGAUUAAAACUUGAAGAAAAAAAGUAAGUGAGAGAAAAAUCGGGGAAGGAUUCGUCGGAAAAGUCGUUGUGUCGUGAUUUCGCAAAUCAAGUUCGCCGUAUCAUUUUUCGCCUUUUUUGUUUGGGCUCGUAUGAAAUCUAAGUAGAAAUAAGUUCCGUCAAAAAGUAAUGAGAAAAAAGUUGAGAUUAAAGAAAUUAUCAGAGUUGAGAUAGCUUUUGAAUGCAUACAACAAGAAAAAUUAUAUUUCUUAAAAAAUUUCAAAAUGAUGAAGAAAGUUUCAUAAAUCGUUAGCCAAAACUCGUAUGAAAAAAGUCAUGGAUCUUUCAACAGCGAAUGCGUAAUGAAAUUAUGAAAAAAAAAUUAAAGCUCGAGAAAUUUUCAAGUUUCCGAUCAGAACAAGAAAAUAGUUAGAAUAUAAUACAAAAGCACGCAUUCGAUAAUCAUUUUUCAUUUCAAUAUUUUUCCUCGUUAAGACACAAAAAGGCUACGAGAUCCUGUGCAGCGACAAACACGCGGGAUUCCUGAGGAAAAACAAAAAAGAUCCGGCCGACUACCGUCCCGACAUUCUGCAUCAAGUGAGCUUCCGUCUCCUCGAAAUUCCCAGCCUCAGAAAAGACUACUCAAAUCGGUUUUUGCACUGACGAAAAAAAAAUAAAACAUUUCGAUAGGAAUAAGAUGAAGAAGAUGAAAUUUUUCUCUGAACAGCAGUACUCUCAAAGAUAAACGGAUUUGAGUGUCUGCUGAACCUUCUGGACAGUCCUCUGAACCGGGCCGGUCGACUGCGGGUCUUCUUCCGGACGACGAAAAACGUCCUCGUCGACGUCUCCCCCCAGUGCCGCAUCCCCAGAACUUUCGACCGGUUUUGCGGCCUCAUGGGUUGGUUUUGUGUCUCUCCGAUAACUAGGCCUCUCGAAAGUUUUCUUGCGGGGAACGGAAUCCGAAUGAAGGGAGAAGCGGGGGUUAAAAACAGCCUCGAAUUUUUCCAUCGGAAAAUCAAAGAAAAUCGAUUUUCUUUUUCAAAUACCAGUCUCUUCGAACGGGCAAGUUUCCAAAAUUACUUUUUGAAUUAAAUUAAUUUUUGUUUUCAGUACAACUUCUACACAAAAUGACCAUUCGAGCCGCAGAAACUUCACAAAAACUGAUGGCCGUGAGUUUCCUUUUUAUUUAUUUAUUUUUUUUUUGAAUUUCAAUCGAGUAAAUUCUCUUUUCUUUUGAGAUGUGAAGGAAUUCUAUAUCUUGGAUGUUUGAGAAUGGAAAUUUUUCACGGAUCCUUCGAAAGCAUCUUUUUGAUCAGGUCGUUCAGUAAAUAUUCAAGUUCAGGUUGUCAAAAAUCCGGUUUCGAAUCAUUUGCCCGUCGGGAGCCGCAAGGUUCUCAUGUCUUUCAAUGUCAAUGUGAGUUUUUUUUUUCGAAAUCCACAAAAGUUGAGUAAAUAGAAUACUUCUUUUUUUCUUUGAAAAAGUCGAAAAUAGACAAAAAAGUGACGUUUUCGUUUCACGUUUUUCAAUUAUCAAUGUAUUUGUAUGUCUCGAAGAAGGAAAAAAAGAAAAAAAUGCGCUAAAUGAGAAAGGGUUAAAAAAAUUAUCCAAAAUGAGAAAAAGGUACCUAAAAAUAUAAAAAAACAUCUAUGUUGUUGAAUGAAUUAUAAAUUUACAUUCACCUUCAAUUUUUUUGUAGCUCUAUAAAUUGAUAUAAACUUUGUAUUUAGCUUUUGUGAAUAAAUUGCGACAUUUCGGAAUAUUGAAGCUUUGCUGGUAUGCAUUUAGUUGAAAAUUGAAAAAAAAAACGACAGAUUUAAAACAGGGAAUGGACGAGAGCAUGAUCGUUAUAUGAACGGACGAUAAAAAUUUAUAAAUAUUUUUUUUUCAGGAACUGAUUAUGCCCAAUAAAUUGGCGAAGCCGGAGGACAACGAGCCUUUGGUGCUGGUUAUUGGAGGAAUUGCGCGUGGAAAGGUCAGUUCUUUCUAUUCCAACUACACGGUGAAGAAAAACAUUUAGGUGGGAUCAGCUUUUCGAGUUUUUAUUUCUGAAGACUGGUCGAAAAGUUUCCAAAAAGCGUUUUCGUUCUUUCGAUAAGGUCGAGAGAGAUUAUGGAUUUUUAUUACCAGAACCUCAAUAAAUUCAAUUUAUAAACACAUCAAAAAGUUAUUUUUAUUUUAUUAAGAAAAAUUUUGUUUGAAGUAAGUGGAAUUUAAUGAAAACCUUUCUCUGAAUCUUUAGAUUCCAUUGCGAAAAGUUUAAAUAUCAGUUUUUGGAUAUUGUCUCAACCUGAAAUGAAAAGAAAACUAAAGAAGAAGACAAUCUUUCGCGCAGCCUUUAUAGAUGGCAACAUUAAUCGGGGUUUUCCUCGAUCAAGUUUGGAAUGAAUCGAUGAAGAUGAGAUAGUUUUUGCUCAGAUCGACGUCGACUACACGGAGCAACAGGCCAAAAUCAGUAACUAUCCCUUGAGUGCGGCUCUGACAUGCGCCAAAGUGACCAGCGGCCUCGAGGAGAUCUGGGACAUCAUUUGA